AUGUGGAUCUUCGCGGCAGCGCUCUGGCAAGUCUGGUGGAUCUUCGCAGCAGGUGAGACGUGCGACUGCAGCAAGUCUGGACUUAAAUGCUUCUAUGAUGAUUCCUGCCCUGGACUUGGGUGUGGAGCUGAAGGAAAGGAUAAAUGCAGAUUCUGUGGUUCGGGCGAGUUCAAAGACUGUCCAGAUCAUGCUCCGAAGACCUCGGACACGAAAGCUCCGGAAGAUGGGUCAAAGGAAAAGGCCAGCAAGCCUGCGGCGACUGAAGGGCACUCCUCGGACAUUCCGAGCGUGGUCUUAGGAGGCCAUGAGGUGAAGACCUCUCAUGCCGGCCAGAGCGCGAAGUGCCCAUGCGAGUCCUCAAAAACACAGCGGUGUUUCUAUGAUGCUUCCUGUCCUGGGCUUGGAUGUGGCGCACUUGGCCAUGACCAUUGCCGAUUUUGCGGCGGGAAGGACUUCCAUCCUUGUCCAUCGAAGCAUGAAAUGGAGCUUCUCGCAAAGCCGAAGGCCAAGGAGGCGGUGAAACCCGCGGCAGCCGCGGCAGCCCCGGCCAAGCCAAUGGCGCUCCAUGUUUCACCUACGCUUGACGAGCCCAUGUCUUUCGACGUUUACCGAUGUAUGGCAGCUGCUGCAGUUGACACCCAUCCGAUGGAGGAUGAUGACAUUGCCGACCUGGCCGGUGCGAUCAAGUAUGUGCACACCGAGAUCUUGACCGAGCAUCUGCAGAGUCCGAUCAGAACAAGUCGGAAGUAUCAUGUGGAUGCGAUCACAGCCCACCGGUUCAGGAUCAAAAACCCGAGCACAAUUCUGCACAGGUCAGAUGCUUUACAGGGUGAAUUCGGUGCGUUCGUGACCUACGACUGGGGCAAGGCAACAAAUCCAGCUCAGCUGCCAAUGAUCGCAGACAAGGGCAACUUCGUCGGCAUCGCCCCUUGUACAAACUUGCACUGCGACGUGCGUUUCCCACGGGCCAUGCCGUACGCCUGGAUGUCGCUCGGCAACUGGUGUCCGAACCUGACCUGGGACAAGAAAGGCUCCAAGAGCGACCCCAAUCCGCAUUGCUUGAAAUUGGCGACGGAUAACACUGUCAUCCAAGGUGGUCUUUGCGCAGAUGGCUUCACGGCAGACAGCACAAGUCCAGGCUCCGAUCCGACCGGGGAGCAAAAUUGCGUGUACACAUAUGGAAAAGCAAAAGUAGUCAAAUGGGACGACCUCGUCGGCAUUACGGCCGAGGACUGCGGCAAGCGCAAGUGCAAAGACUGGCUCGAUUUCCGAAUGAACUGCACAAACAGCCAAUACAAACGGCAGUUUGCCCUGGACGGCAAAAUCAAGAAAGUGGACUAUUGUGUCGAGUUUGACAUCCAUCCUGCCUGCGAGGCAAAUUGCGAGGUUGGUCAGUGCCAGGACUUCUUGGCGAGUGGAAAGGAAGCAUAUCUCGGAUUGGCAUUCUGGCGCGGUCGCUGCGAUCCGCGAGCAAACGAGCGACGCAUUGAGAUGGUUGCAUACUCUCUGGGCGUGCCCGGCGCUUUGAAGAGCCACGACCUCGUCGACGCCGAAGUCCUCGAGAGGCCCUGCCCGCUCUCGAAAGGGACCAGCUGGUCAUGCCAACCAUUGGAUGGCCACGGUCCAUAUUGCACACGGAGCUACAAUGGAGCCUGCGACCGAUGCUUUAUUCCAGGUGUUGUGGAUGGAGUGGCACCAAAGCCUUGGUGUCCGCUGGAUAUCCUCAGCUCUCCCACCUAUGCAGACAUGCCGAAGCCUCGCUGCAAGAGCGGCUCUGCAUCCGACGGCUGCUGUUUGUACACCAACACCUGCGACGGGACAUCGGAUCCUUCCAGCGCAGACCUCACAACUGAUGGCCUGGCUUUGGUGGCUUCACGGAGGAGCACGGUCGACAUGGAGCAAUUCCUGCGGCGCGCAGCCUCCCAGGACCACCGCUUUGCCGGUCUGGGCCUGGCGGGAACCAACAUGAAGUGGGCGGCCUAUUUCGCUUGGAGUUCGGCCCCUGUGGACCGAAGCUUGCAUGAGGCUCUGGAAGAACUGAAGAUGUUUCUGUCGUCGGAGACGCCAGUGAUUACCCAGUAUGCGACAACCACGACAACCACAGCGAUCAAAAUACCGGUCGCCGGGCCCCACGCGACAACGCCGUCUUCACUCAAGUGUGCAGAAAGCGACGUUUCCUUCAUGCCUCUGGACAUGCCUGAAGUUCCAAUGAUAUUGACGACCAUCGGAGAUUGCAAGAAGAGAUGUUCAGAGCAAGAGGGCUGCUUUCACUUCUCCUUCUUGGUUGCUCCAGGGCUGGAACAGGGCAGCUGCCACCUGGCCGGCUUUUCCGCACUCGCACAGGCCUUGAGCCCAUCGUGGAUUUCAGGACCCCCAGAAUGCUGGGCUGAUAUGGAGGAGAAAAGCCUCUUGAUUGACAAGGGCCACAACACUUACGUACCGGUCGACUUUGCCUGCAUGUCCUGGGGGAGCUCCUUCCCAGCCACAGUUGGCGCCCUGACCACUUUGGCCGCCAAGGACUUUCCGAAAGAGCAAGAUGCUGUCCUGGAAUGCCAAAAGCUCUGCCGUGAGAACGAGAACUGCGAGCACUUUACAGUGACCUUCCCUCUCAGAACUUGUGCCCUUGCUGGUGCUGGAGCCGUGGUCAUGGAUGGCAUUGCAGGAGCAAUAUCCGGACCACCAAAGUGUGGAGAGAAAGCCAUGCAGUCCUUUUACUGGGAGGUUCUCCCAGCUUAUGCUCAGCUACCAUGGAGAUGGAGAUUGCCGUUUGGUGCGAAUGUGAUGUUGGGUGGUGGUCUGCUUGCGGCUGGUGUCGCAUUCUUUGCAUUCCGUCGUCGACAGCCUCAACGUACGGUGCGUGGUAUUGAGAGAGCCUUGGUGCCGGAGGAGGAGGAGGACCUGGAAAUGACAGUGCUGGAGUGA